AUGGUCACCCGAUCACGCAUUGGGACCUUCAAGCCUAAUCCACGCUACGCAAUGCUCUCCUCCACUUCUCCAUCACCUAGCCCCAAAUCCGUGCGGAUUGCUCUCAAGGAUCCAAACUGGCUCGCCGCCAUGGCCGCUGAGUUCGACGCUCUGCAACGAAAUCACACCGGGCGCCUAGUUGAUCCCCCGCAUGGUGCCAACAUUGUCAUCGGGAAAUGGGUCUUCAAGCAUAUGUUCAAUCCAGACGGGACUCUCGAGCGGCAUAAAGCCCGAUGGGUGGUUCGUGGCUUCACGCAACAGCCUGGAGUUGACUUCGGCGAGACCUUCUGCCUCGUCGUGAACCCAGCUACAAUCCGCAUGGUGCUCACCAUCGCCACCUCACGCAAGCAAAUCUUCUGGCAACAACCGACGGGGUUCGUCAACGCCGCGCGACCCAAUGUUGUUUGUCUUCUUGACAAAUCCCUCUACGGUCUCCGACAAGCGCCCCGAGCUUGGUUCGAAUGGUUUGCUGCCUUCAUCAAGUUCCUAGGCUUCGUUGCCACCAGAUCCGACUCGUCGCUCUUCACAUUACGCCGCGGUGGUGCCACUGCCUACCUUCUUCUGUACAUCGAUGACAUCAUCCUCACCGGCUCCUCUAUUGCGCUGCUCAACCUCAUCAUCGACAAGUUGCGCGCUGAGUUUGCCAUCAGGGGCAUGGCCGAUCUACAAUUCUUCCUUGGCAUUGAUGUACACUGCACAACAUAG